AUGAGCGGACCAGACAAACAAUACAUCACCGUGUACUACUGCAGAAAUGGCGGAACGACCCAAAGAAGGGACAGAAAGAAAAUGCCAGAAAUGAACAAGGGGUACGUGACGAUAGAAAUAACUAGGAUGAACCAGAGGAUACACCCUUAUAGGAGGGCAGGAAGUCAGUUUAUGUUUCCAAAGGGGAAUUCGCAAGGUGGUAAGCGGAGGGGCAUUGACCAUGUUAGGCAUUGCGGCAUUGACCAAGUUAAGCAUAGCGGAAGGGAUUUCCUGACCAACUGCAUAAACGCCUCUUUAAAUGAAAACGCAAAGGGGAGCUGGACGAAAAUAUUACUCGACUUGGUGAACGAUACAAAAAAAAGAAUCAACGAAAAAAUUAACUCUUUCCUUAAAGUGUUCGUUUUAAGUGCAGAUUAUUAUUUGCCCAAUGAGCUGCAGAUAAAUGACGACGCGGUGACGAUGAUGAUAGGUGGGGGACCAACUGGAUCCAUGACCUACUUCAACGCAGAGCGCGCCAAAAUGCUACUCGAGUCUGCAUCUGUGUAUGAUAAAAAAUGCACCACUAAGGGGAUUACGACCCAGGCGAAGUUCCCUCCUUCAACAUGUCCACGAAUAAAUGGAGACACCUUCCGACACGCCAAUUAUAACAUAGUUCAUAACAAUGCCGGGUUAAGGAACAACUACUAUGCUCAGAACAUGACAAACCUUAAUAGCUUCAACAAAUCAUUUUUUAACAGCGCCUUAUGGGGUCAAUCGGGCUUUUUUCCCAUGCACAACUCGGGCAAUGAUUCGUACUUACCGCAAAAUUGGGGAACCUCCUACUUGCACACACACUCUGCUCCUUCGAAAAAACCAAAUGUAAGAAACUUUUACAUUUCUGUAGUUAACAAAAAAACUAAUGUGAAGGAGGUGAGGAAGAUUAGCCUCAUGGAAAUUUGUAGCUCGCCCUACUUGUUCCUGUGCCAAGGUUUUCUCUCAGACUUGGAGAGCUACUUGGCUCUGAAUCACUGUCUUUUGUAUCUUAAGAAAAAGGAAGAAGAGCUGUCGCAGAUCCACACGAAUUUGUUCUCCUCCUUGAUAGACGUCGACGAAGUCAACUUCCUCGAAGAAGGUGUGUCCAAAUCCAUCCUCAGACACAACAUCAGAAGACUCACCACUUUGUUUAAAAUUCCAACUGAUGACAUAAAAUCGGUAGAGUUCUGUGUGUACCUAAAAGGCAGCGAACAGAUGGAAACCCUAAAUUUUACCGGACAGGGUAUUUACAAAUAUUUGAUUCUUAUUUUUUUAACAAGCAAUAAGGGAAACUUUCUGGAGUUCCCUCACUGUGGGCUAAAAAUUAUGACCAUGAUUGGAAACUGCGUGAUACAUGAAUGCUCCGGUGCAGGGGCCGACUCCAACCAAAACAACACUGGCUUUAAAUUCAAUCUCUCAGAAGAGAAACUAUUUUUCCUAAAAGUUAACCUCAAGGAAAAUAUAGAUUUGCACCAAAUGUUAGUAAGAGAAACGGGUGCUGCCGCAACAGGAGGUACGUCGUUUCCCAGAUCUCCUACAUUUGCAGAAUUGUCCUGCGCAGGCUCCCCUAAUGCUACGUAUUCUUAUAAUUAUUCCCCUCCCUAUGCUAAUGUUACUUCCAACCGUGUGAAUCUCACUAGCGUCGGCUUUAAUCAGGGGACAAAUCCAUUUUCGUGUGUUCAGCACAACGUGGACACCAUUAACAAGGAGAUAAUGCAGAUGAACAUGAACGCUAUGCGCAACAUAUGCUUAAAGACGAAGACUGCUAAGAAUUGCGCCACAACCCCCUUUUUCGUGCCCGUUUCGCAGUUUUCCCUGCACCAAAUGGGGGAUAACGCCACCCAAAAGUGCUAA